AUGAAAUUUUUAAAUGCUAUAUCGACCGCGGUGCUAGCUGGUCUUUCGCUCUUACUGCCCGCCGCCUAUGGAGAGGAAAAUUAUGAAUGUAAAAGUGACCAAACAUUCUGCUACUCGUGUAUCAGUAGUCUUGGGUUAUCGGAUUUUAACAGCUACAUUGAAAAAGGGGAACCUCUUUUCGUUGGUGGAGAAAUCUACGGGUCACAUCAAUUUACAAUUAAUUCACUGGAUGGAACUUCACUAAAGUACUUAAUCCAAUCUAUUGGUGUGGACCCUUCCUACCAAUUGUUCGAAGCCUCUGGAAGUCUAUGGAAAAUAUGUACUUUCAAGAAUACCUAG